AUGGCCACUGUGGGCUUGGUCUUUGGCCUGAUGGUGUUGCUUGCAUGCUAUCCUCUCAACCUCUUCACGGCACUGCUUCUUUGGCAGGUGCAUGAGAGGCUUCCCCAUGUUGUUACGCUUGGUGAUGCUUUGGCGGUGCUUGUCGGUCCACGAACCGGGAUGUACGGCUACUUCGUGCUGUAUACCUACAUCUUCAUGACCAUGGCAAAUUACAUGAUUGUCCUUGGGGAUGCUGUGCAGUCCUGUCUGUACGUGUUCGAUAUUUCUCGUUUGACCGCCUGCUUAAUCGGAGCUUUGCUGCUGUUGCCUCUGAACCAGUUUCGAACCCUAUCUGGUUUGUCAGUGUUGAGUGUGGUUUCCUUCGCCACGGUUUUGGCAACAUUGAUGUUAUGUCUGUGGACCCUGCUCACGGCACCAGUCUGUCUGCAUUCAAGCACUAGAGAUGAAGGCUACAUGCAGUACAGUUCCGCCAUAUCUGGAUUUGUCUUCGCGUUUGCUGGGCAGCAUAUCAUGUUGGAGAUGCAAGUUGAGAUGAGAGAGUCCUCGGAGUUUCCCAAAGCUGUUUGCCUAGCCUUCUCCGUACUCUUUGCAGUUUAUACCAUGGUCAGCGUGCUGGCUUUCCGUGCCUGUGCCGAGAACACUCCUGGUAACCUCCUCCUGGUCCUCCCAGCAGAUUGGCGAAAGAGCACCAGUGGUGCUUUGAUGGUCGUUCACUUGCUCGUCACUUACACUAUUUCGCAGCAGGUGCUCAACCGAGCUAUUUGCUUAUACUUGAUUCCAUCAGCGCUCGGAGCCGGCGCGACUGCAAGAGCAAAAUGGCUCGGGAUUACCACUGCAAGCAUGCUGGCUUGUUGCCUGGUGGCAAACCUGGUGCCACUUUUUCAGGACCUCGUGAACUUGACUGGCGCCCUGCUUUCGACGCAGUGUGUCUUCAUAUUGCCUGGAGUCUUGUCGACGGUCUCCAAUGAGAAGCGGUGGCUCCGCAUAUGCUCUGCUGGUACCAUAGUCAUUGGAUUCUAUUUGGCUGUUUCCGGUACAAUAUGCAGCUCAAUGGUCAUCGUCCGGAAGCUUGCAGCUCCUGUCGACACCGAAGGCCUGGACGCUAUGGAAAAUCUGGGCUGUCGGGGCUGGGGUGCAGGAUUCGGGGACGGGCUGCGGACCAACAUGCGUGAGGUUGGUCCGCAGGUGACGCUGUGUGCGAGGUGCUUCAUGCCGAUUGGUGAGACGGCAUACGAGGGCAAGGCCAAGAACACCUGCGUCCACCCCGAGUGCUGCGCACAGGUGAUGAUUGAGGAGAUGCAGGAGCAAGAGAAAGGCUUCUUGCAGGAGCAGCGGGAGAAGAAGCAGAAGAAUCGAAAAGCAUCUUAA